CCGGAGUCGCAGACCGGUCGCCCAUUCCAUUUCCCUCCUUCCUUCCUUCGUCCUCGGCUUAUUCCCGCUUCCCUUCCCUUCGUCAAGACCUCGCAAACAACCGCGCCUGCCCGCGUGCCUCCGGGCGCCACAUGACGCGCGGCCAUGGGAUGCCUCCUCGGUAAGCUCGCCGCCGCGCCCCUCUUCUUCCCCUCCGCCGCCGCCGCGACCGCCGCCGGGGCCGGAGGGGACGGCCAGACGCAGCUCGGCGCGCCGCGUCCCGAGCACAUCGCGGCGGUGAAGAAGGACGAGAGCGGGUGGCCGCUCUGGCUCUCCUCCGUCGCCGGCGACGCGCUCCGCGGCUGGGCGCCCCGCUCCGCCGAAGCCUUCCAGAAGCUCGAGAAGAUUGGGUCGGGGACGUACAGCAACGUGUACAAGGCGAUCGAGGUGGAGAGCGGCGGCGUGGUGGCGCUGAAGAAGGUGCGUGUGGACGGCGUGGGGGAGGCGGAGAGCGCACGGUUCAUGGCACGAGAGAUCAUGCUGCUCCGGCACCUCGGCGAGCACGCCAACGUCGUCCGCCUCCAUGGACUCGUCACCUCCCGCCUCGCCACCGCGCCCUCGCUCUACCUCGUCUUCGAGUACAUGGACCAUGAUCUCACCGGCCUCCUCGCCGCUGCCACUGCCUCCGGCGCCCACUUCUCCCUGCCCCAGGUGAAGUGCUACAUGAAACAACUACUGUCCGGAAUUGAACACUGUCAUAACAAGGGUGUUCUUCACCGCGACAUCAAGAGUUCAAACUUACUUGUCAGUGACGAUGGGAUUCUUAAGAUAGCUGAUUUUGGACUCGCCUCGCAUUUUGAUCCUGAUAAGACGCGACCCAUGACUAGCCAAGUGAUAACGCUUUGGUAUCGUCCACCUGAACUAUUGUUAGGUGCUACUCACUACAGUGUUGGUGUUGAUCUUUGGAGUGUGGGUUGUGUAUUGGCAGAACUCCUUCUCGGCGAGCCUAUAUUUCCUGGAAGAACAGAGGUUGAACAAUUGCACAAGAUUUUCAAGCUAUGUGGUACUCCAUCAGAGGAUUACUGGGAGAACAUGAAAUUUCCGCCACCUACGUUCAAGCCAUAUGAGCGGUGUAUAGCUGACAAAUUUAAGGAUGUGGCACCAUCUACCCUAUCACUUCUAGAGACUCUUCUAUCUAUUGACCCAGAGAAGAGAGGCACCGCAACUGAUGCUCUCAACAGUGAGUUCUUCACAAGAGAACCAUAUGCCUGUGAGCCAUCAAGCCUUCCACGGUAUCCGCCGUGUAAAGAAAUAGAUGUCAAAUUGAAGUAUGAGAAGCACAAAAGGAAAUUGAGGGCAAAUGGUUCCGUAGAACGCCAGACAACAUCCAGAAAGCCCAUGCCACAAAAUCAUGGGCGCAGAAGAGUAUUUACUCCAGAUGUCAAUAAUAAGCUACAUGGAAACUCAAAUAUACCAAGGUUGGUCACUAGCACAAGCACAACCAAACUCGAGAGAUUUCCUCCUCCGCAUCUGGAUGCAUCAAUUGGUUACAGUUUAGAUUCCUCGGUUGAUGGAACAACUGAUCAGUUCUUCACAUCAUCGGUUGUGGAGCUAAGAAAAGUGCCGAGCCUAAUAUUUGGUCACAUGAAAUCUUACCUGAACAGCCCGAAGAACGGAACACACAAGGUGAAGCCCAGCCUCAAGAUGCCACCUUCCACUGUUCUCAUAGGUGCAUUCCGUCCGUACUCACUUGGCCAUCCAAUGGAGGUGAGAAGAAAGAAUAGGGAGCAGCUCAGAGCUAAAGGAAAAUAUGCAGUAGGUGCAGUCAAAUGACAGGCUAAUCAUGUCCCUCUUUUCUAAUGUUUAUUUUUCUUCUUCUUUCAUUACAUCCAACUAUCCAGUAGCUGUUCAUUUUAAUACAUAAUUGAUAGGUAAUACUUGUAUAGUUAGAGGGAGACAAUAAAGGAGAGUUGUGAAUAAUGAAUCAUGUACAGAAGAGGUUUCAAAAGAUUCAUCAGCAUAGUCAGGUGGUAAAAAUUUGUCAGGCAAUUUUGUAAGCUCUGCUUUAUCCCAAGUUAUGCAUACCAUGGAAAGAAAGCGAGAUGGAUUCUCAAAAGAAU